AUGGGUAAGAAACGUAUAAGCAGGCGUGGUCCAGCUGGUGUGCGGGCUGGGCCGAAGGACAAGGAUGUAGAACACGCCAAUGGCGAUAAAACGAAACAUGAGAAAGAUUCGGACGAGACAAAGAUUGAGCCAGGAGCUCAAUUGGAUAGUGGGGAAUUGAGACACACUGAUAAUGAGACAGGGACUCGAUCAGAAGAUGAAUCAGAAGGAGGGCUGGGAUUAGUUCUGGAAUCAGAGCAGGGCCCAAUACCGAGUACUCAGUCAAUCGUGGGCUCCUCCGAGCAAUCAACCAAUUCUAUAGAUCAAGUAGACGCAAUUGGAAAGCAAUCUAAAAUUGGCCAAGAGUCACCGGGAAAGGAUUCCCAGCAGGAUAUUCCCACUCAUGAUGUAUCUGACAAUACUUCUGCUGACUCUUCGGCUGAUUCUUCUUUGGAUUCAGACUCAGAUUCGGAUUCAGAUUCAGAUUCGGACUCUGAGGAAGAACCUCCUAAAUUAAAAUACUCAAGGUUGAAUAACCUCCCACCAACAUUUUUUUCAAGAGACCCAGUGUCAACCUGUGUGUUCCAUGAGAAUGCAUUCAUAUUUUCAACCCAUUCGGGACUUUUACACAUAGCUCAGCCAGAUCUUCUGCCCAUACGAACAUUCAAAGCACAUAGAGCUUCUGUGUUGUGCAUUUAUACUGACGGGCAAUUUUUUGCAAGUGCAUCAAUGGAUGGAACUGUGGUUGUGGGCUCAAUUACAGAUGAAAAGGAUAUCGUGGCAUUUGAUUUCAAACGGCCCAUUCACGCAGUAGUCCUUGAUGGCAAUUAUAAACAAACCAGAAGUUUCAUUACCGGAGGUAUGAGUGGUAAAAUAAUCCGGUCGGCUCGGAAUUGGCUUGGACAGCGUGCUGACACUGUGCUAGAUGAAGGUUCGGGCCCAGUGGUGGGAAUCUAUCGACUUGAUGACUUGGUGUUGUGGAUGAAUGAUGAUGGGAUCAAUGUGUUUCAUACCCCUUCCAAGACAAAAAUCAGCGUCAUUGACCGGCCUGCAAACUCACCUCGUGGAGAUAUGUAUUGGCCAAGAGUUCAUUUCCCGGAAACUGACCGUAUUGUUAUUGCAUGGGCAGAUCAUAUUUGGUUGUUACGAGUGAUAACCACACUGAAGGGUGAUGGGAUGCACCAUACAGGUUCGAAGUCAUCAGCCACCAGUAGAAUCAUGAUACCGUCAACUGCCACCAUCUCUUUCCGAGGAAGUCAUGAACUGAAGGCAAUAGAAAUUGAACAUGUACUUAAACUAGAUGUCUUGAUUUCAGGUGUUUCCACCUUCAAAGAUGACCUCUGCAUCGUUCUCACGUAUGAGCCACCCAAGAGACUGGACCAGACACUGAACAGACCAACUUAUAGUAACCCAGAUAUUAAACUUAUCAAUACCACUACAGGGGAGGUCACAUUUGAAGAAGAAAUCGGACUCCGAAACAUUGAAAAUUUGGGUCUAAAUGAUUAUUUGCUCGGUACACAUAUAGCUGAGAAAUCGCUGCCUCGUUACUUCAUUGUAAGUGCUAAGGAUGCAGUCAUUGCACAAGAAGUGACACUCCAUGAUCGACUUGAAUGGUUUGUGGAGAAGGGUAAAAACUAUGAUGCAUGGAAUAUUAGUGAACAUUUGGUCAGCCCACUUAAGCGUUUAAACUAUGGGAUAUCAUAUGCGGAUCAGCUUGUGAAAGAGGAUAGAUGGUUGGAGACUGCAGAAUUUCUAGAUCAAUUGCUUGCCUUGCUGGAUGAAGCCCUUCCAGAUGGAGACACAAACACGACAAUUCUGACUGUACAACCGGUGGCCAAUGAUGCUUUAGUUAAGGAGAUUGUAGAACAAUGGGAAAAUUGGUCCAAUAUAUUCAUAUCAUCUAAUCAUAUUAUUGAAUUGACCCCUAUAAUACCUACUUCCUCAAAACUAGGGUUAAACCAAGGGAUAUAUAAUACGAUUCUAGAGUAUUGGCUCGGUAACGAUGAUGAUACCUUCUACUCACUCAUCAAUAGUUGGGAUCUGGAAUUGUAUGAUAUCAAAACUAUACAAUCAAUGUUGGAACAACGAUUAGAGGCGGAACCUACCAAUACCGAACUUAGGAGAAGUUUAGCUCAAUUAUAUGUGACAUCUCAUGAACCACAAAAGGCAGUGAAACAUCUUGCUCAACUUGGAGAUCCUCAACUUGUACAAUUUUUAUCAACUCACCAUUUAUUGACAAAUUUUGAAACUGAAUUGCCUUCCUAUAUAUCUUUACGAUUUAAAGGAGAUUCAAUGAAAACAAUCCCAAUUGUUGAGCUCAAGCUGAAAUUGUCAGAUAUUGUCAGCUUGUUGGUAUCUAAUAGACAUGAAUUACAACCGAAGAGGGUAAUUGAACUAAUGAAAAAUGCCCAUAUGGACUUUUUCAAUUACUUUUAUUUACAGGAAUUGACUGAUAUAGAUUCAUUUCUUACACAACCAUUUGGAGAUUCUCAAGUGCAAUUACUUGCUCAAUAUGAUCGUAAGGAACUUCUUUCAUUUCUUACAAAGAAAAACAAUUACAAUAUUGAUGAUGCCAUUGAAUUGUGUGAGCGGAAUGAGUUCACGGAAGAGUUGGUUUAUCUUUUAGGAAAGAUAGGUGAGAGUAGAAAGGCACUCAUGCUUAUCAUUGACAAGUUGGAUGAUCCGGAAAAGGCCAUCAAGUUUGCCAAGCAUCAGAAUGACAAAGAGGCAUGGACAAUUCUCUUGGAUUAUUCAAUGAAUAAACCUGCGUUUAUCAAGGCACUUCUUGAAUGUGCGGAUGACCAAUCAAGUUCGUAUUAUGAUCCUGUUUCUAUUAUCAAGAGAAUUCCUGCCAAUGUGAAAAUAGAUGGGUUGAAAAAUUCUGUGACCAAGAUUUCAUAUAACCAUGAUUUAGACUUAAUUUUGAAUCAAUUGAUCUUGAAGAUCAUAUAUAAGGAAUCUGAAGAUAUCUCACGUCAUUUUCGAAGAGAAAAGGUCCGAGGCUUUGAGAUUGACGUGACAGACCCUGGAUUGGAGCUUAUUUUGGAUCGAUUCGAGACUCUUGUUGCAUUUACUGGAGAGAAAGGGUUGGAAUUGACUACAAUGAACGAUUAUUUUGGAGAAUCACAAGCCAAAUUACCUGUUGUGCUUCGAUACACGAAUUUAAGUGACAAGGUCGAUCAUUUCCAAAGAUUAAAGAGAUAUGAGAAGUAG